GAAGGAAGUACAAUUUCAUCUGUUUAUGCUCACUAUUCCUGGUGAAAAUUGUUUCACAUAAAAAGAUACUUAGUGGUUUUUUUUUUUCUUUUUUUUUUUGUUGAAUUUUGAGAGAGAAGCAUAUUAAUAUUAAUAUUAAUAAAGAGUAAAGGAAAAUGGAAGUAUGGAUGAUAUUAUUAGGAGCAUCGGCAGUAGUAGGCAUAGGGUGGAUUAUAUGGUGGUGGAAUGAAAUUUGGUAUAUGAGGCCAGUUAAGACUAGAUGUUUAGCGUUGAACCUUAAAUUACCACCUGGACACUUGGGUUUUCCUUUCUUUGGUGAAACUCUUUCUUUUUUAUGGCUCUUCAAUGUCGUUGCUCGUCCUGAUCAUUUUAUCACCUCUAAAAAACACAGGUACGGAGAUAAUAUAGGCGCCUACAAAAGUCAUUUAUAUGGAUCUCCAAGUAUUAUAGCAUGCUCACCAUCCUUGUGCAAGUUCGUACUAAAUUCAAGCGAUAAAUUUAUACAAGAAUGGCCAACCAAUGAAGUAUUAGGAACUAACACUGUAUCAACCAUGCAUGGAGAUCGUCAUGCUAUCGUUAAGUAUUUUAUCCAACACUUUUUCAGUCGCCCAAAUGCGCUUGCUAGAAUUGUGCCUCAGAUUCAGCCUACCAUUGUUGCUGCCCUUCAAUCAUGGUCCAAACUUCCCCAAAUCAAAACUUUUUACCACAUCAAAAAGGUUACACUUGAUUACACUAUGAAAUAUAUUGCUGGACUUGAAGUUGGUACACAAAUUAAUGAUUUUGAGAAGUUAUUUGAAGGUAUCAUAAAUGGCUUUAGAGCUCAGCCAUGGAACAUUCCUGGAACAACUUAUUCUCAUGCUGUCAAGUGUCGGAUGACAAUAAUGAAGAUGCUAAGGGAGGAAAUGAAGAAAAGGAAGCGUAACAAAAUAAAAAAUAAUGUAGAAGAAGGAUAUAUGGAAAAUGAUUUGAUGGAAGGUUUGAUGAAGAUGAAGGAUAAAGAAGAAAAACAAUUAAGUGAUGAAGAAGUGUUGGAUAAUGUUAUACAUACAACCUCUGUUGGUCAUAUUUCCAUUGCCUAUGCUGUCACUUGGUCUAUCUAUUUUUUAGCUAAGUCUCCUCAUGUUCUUCAUAAACUUCGGGAAGAGAACAAGGCUUUGUUAAAGGAGAAGAAUAACGAUAGCAUAACAUAUGAAGAUGUCUUGAAGCUUAAGUAUACGAUUAAGGUUGUGGAAGAGACUCUUAGGAUGGCCAACCUCUCAGGUUUUGUUUUCAGGAGAGCUACUGAUGAUAUUGAAUUUAAAGGUUACAUGAUACCAAAAGAUUGGAGUGUUAUUGUAUGGUUAAGGCAACUCCAUAAUGAUCCAACAAAUUUUGAGGAUCCAAUGUGCUUUAAUCCAGAUAGAUGGGAUACACGUCCAAAGUAUGGAACAUACCUUCCUUUUGGAGGAGGUUCAAGGUCUUGUCCAGGAACUGUCUUGGUUCGAGUCUCUGUGGUUCUUUUUCUUCAUCAUUUAUCUAUUGGAUAUAAGUGGAACUUGCUUAAUCCAGAAGGAAAAAUUAAAUAUCUUUCACAUCCUUUACCUGUUGAUGGCCUUGAAAUCUCUAUUAAAGAAGAUAAGUAUCAUUUAGAUUGACUUGUGUGCAAUAUGAACAUGAAUGUAUCAUUGAACAAAUAAAAAUAUAUAAAUGUUGUUUUUUCUCAAAUUGAUAUUUACAUGUUACCAUUACAAAUGCUAUACCUUCCCCCUUCCCAAACACCGCCCUUAGAGUGAUCAAAUGAAAGGUAAUGAGAGAAGGAUGUAGACAUAUGCAUGGUCGAGCCAACACAUAGGAUCCAUAGGCACGCUCUACUCUUAGCUUAACACAAUACAAUCAACUUGCAGCAAGGCACAGCAGAGCACGACACACCAACCGCCAUAGUGGCGUACAAAUGUGCCACGAUUACAUUUUAUGAAAUUGACACAAAACGACAUAAGGCAUGCAUGUAUCACCCGUCACCACAACAUGUAAAACCUUUAAACAAACUUAUUGUUGCCCAUAAGGCCACAACAUUACCCUAUAUGACUAAAUGUGCUCGUGUUGUGUCACAAGCUGUUAUUGUGGCUGGCACAUUAGAAUGCAUUAUUAUACAUGAAUCAUUAUGAUAUGAUAAGACCUUUAGGCACGUGACCCUCUUUAACAUGGCCCACUAAGAACAACACGUCAACUUGACACAAGAAUAUUUCAUGUUUAAUUGGUAGUGUAAAAGCUAAAGAAACAUGUUACUUAACGGAUACAUCCAAGAGUAAAUAUAAACAUCAACGUCUAAUUCUAAGAAUUAAAUACACAUGUAUAGGAUAUUUGCAUGUCGUUGGUUGGGACGUCUAAUUCUUAAUUCCUUUUUUUUAAUUGACAUUUGUUUUAACUUUUGGGUAUCUCCAUGGGUGGAGAACUAUGCAAAACAUCGCCUUUAUAAGAUGAAUACUAUUAUUCCUCCCGUCGCCAUAAAAUAAUAUUUGCAAUGAAGAACAACUACUUACCCCUUCCGUCCUAGACAACCUGCUCAAUGGAGGAGGGGGCAUAUUUGUCCAAAGAAUAUGAACUUCUAUCACUGUGUUGGGCAGGGGCCCCUUCCCCCAUCUAAAAAAGAAUACAAUGAUCCAGUAGACUGGGUUGACCCGCAUUUGACGGUCUUCCAAGAAGCUGAUCUUGAAUCUGGAAGGGCCCUAAAAUACAUAGGGGCGGUGGUUUUGAAGCUGAUGGCUCCUCUAAGGUUGGGUCUUCAUAGGGCCUAGUCACCGAAAAGAAAAGGUCCCUAAAGGAGAUGUACAUUGAUGUUGCAAACUUCCAAGCCUAAGAAGGUGAUAGUCCUCCCUUUUUAGCUGUUCCAUUUACUAACUGUCGUACAGGGAGGUUUUAUGAACCUUUUCGAGGUGGUUAUGUUUGUGGUUUGGAGUUGUAUACUCGUAAGCUCUUACUUUUUUUUAUUUUUCCCACAUUAUAUAACCUCUUUUGUGUCUUACUUUGUUUCUUUCAGCACCUGAAACUCAGGUUGUUUCUGGGUCUCCUAUUGUUGAGCCAGUGGAGCUAGACCUAGUCUAGGAAGAAAUGGAUCCAACAGAGGAGGAAGAAGAAGAAGAUUUCGAGGAUGAGCCCCUCUAGAUCUAAAUAAUGUAGGGAAAUUUCCAUUUUCAGAAAGUUUGCCAUAUUUUUUUUUCUGGGUAACCUUUACACUUGUCAGGACCAAUUCAUGAAUCUGGAAGGAUUUGUGUUUGACACUUAUGUUGUAUAUUAUGGCUACCCUAUUUUGAUAAGCUGCCAUUUUUAAAGCUGCAUUCUUCGUGACUUCAUCUAUUCAUUUAAGAUUAAUGAGUCUAGAUUCUUCAUUUUUUUGGUCCUAGUGUUGGACCUUGAUGGUUUAGACCCUAAUUUUCACAAGAAUUAGUGCUUCCGAGUCAUAUACUAGCCUGAAAGGUGUUUUCCCAGUAGCUCCCUUUACAGUAGUUCUUAAGGACCAUAAGACAUUGUUAAUUUCACCAAUCCAUUUUCUUUUGGCUUCAUCAAGUUUUUUCUGAAGCCCAUUCAAUAUCUGUUUAUUUGCAGCUUCUACUUAGCCAUUGCAUUGUGGAUUGCAAACUGAUGAGUUGGCCACCCUAAUUUUAAAUGCUUCUAAUUAGUCUCUUAGGGUUGCGUAAUCAAACUGAGUGUGAUUAUCAUUCGUGAGAAUUCUAGGCCGUCCAAAUCUAGUAAUGAUGUUUUGCUAGAUGAAUUUUUCAUCCGUUUUGGAUGUCAUCGUAGCUAAAACUUCUACUUCAAUCCACUUAGUAAAGUAAUCACUUGCAACCACAAGAAUUUUUUGCCCCUAACUUCUAGUUGAAAUAGUCUCACUAGGUUCAAUUCUCAUUGUGCAAAUGGGACAGGAUUAUGAAUAUAUUUCAGCUUUGAUGCAGGCUGGAUGAUAUUGGAAGUAAACUUUUGACAUUUUUCACAUUUUGAAAUGAUGUGAAAUUUUAUUUAAUAGCAAGCGCACGACGUACGUGUAGCUGCGGAUCGAACACAAGGAAGUUGGGAUAAAUAAUUCACUAAUUUCUAUUAACUUAAUUGCUUAGGAAGAAUAAAGUUUGAAAGAUUUUUGUCUAACAACUAAGAAUACAAUAAGAAAAUGGGUGGAAACUAUAUGAUGAAGGUAUCUAGGGUGUCGAGAGUCCCCUAAAUUCUUGUAUGAUCAACCUCUUAUUAGUAUCUAUGAAAUGUCAGAUUAAUUACGUGAUUAAAUAUGAUUUUGGUAAUUUUAAACUCUCGCUCUAUUGAUUAACUAUUG